AGAAACAAACAUGGCAGCUACCAGCAGUAGAAUGUUUCGAAGUUUUUGCACAAAACUUCUUACACAGCAAACAAGAACAUGCUUAAUGUCAAUGUCUGUUGUACAGACGCGACUUAUGUCUAGUGGAGGAUAUGAAUACCUUAUUGUUGAUACAAAAGGCGAGAAGAAGAACGUCGGGUAUAUUCAGCUGAACCGACCAAAGGCCUUGAAUGCUCUGUGCGAUGCAUUGAUGGUGGAAGUGACGAGAGCUCUCGAUGAGUUUGAGAAAGAUAAAACCAUUGGCUGUAUUGUGCUCACCGGCACUGAGAAAGCAUUCGCAGUUGGUGCUGACAUUGAAGAAAUGAGACACAAAUCAUUCAGAGAUCUUCUUAUCACUGAUUUCCCUUCUGCUCUGUCCGUCGUGGCCUAUGCCAAGAAACCUGUUAUAGCCGCCGUCAAUGGAUAUGCUUUAGGUGGAGGGUGUGAACUCGCUAUGAUGUGUGAUAUUAUAUAUGCUGGAGAAAAGGCCAAAUUCGGACAACCAGAAAUACAGCUGGGAACCAUUCCAGGUGCUGGGGGAACUCAACGACUCAUUCGAUCCAUUGGAAAGUCAAAAGCAAUGGAGAUGGUGUUAACUGGAAACAUGAUAACAGCCCAGGAGGCUGAAAAAGCAGGUCUGGUGAGCAAAGUGUUUGAGCCUGCCAGUCUGGUGGACGAGGCGGUGAAGACGGCAGAGAAGAUCGCCAGUUACUCUAAGCUAGUCGUGUCCAUGUGUAAAGAAGCUGUCAAUGCAGCAAAUGAGAUGACUUUGAGAGAAGGACUGCACUUUGAGAAAAGAAUAUUUCAUAGUUCGUUUGCAACUGAGGAUCGUAAAGAGGGCAUGUCCGCAUUUAUAGAAAAACGUCCGCCAAAUUUUAAAGAUGAAUAACACAUGACAUUCUCAUAUAACAACAAACCUCGACAUUGAUGUAAAGAUGUACUGGAGUGAUUGUUAUGUGUGUUAUAGUGACAGAUUAUUUCUCAAGUAACAAGAAACCUUGACAUUGAUGUAAAGAUGUUUUAGAGUGAUUGUGAUGUGUGUAAUAGCGAUAGAUUAUUUCUCAAGAAUUCUCACAGACCUUGUGUUGCUGCUUCUGGUGGCAAAGUUGCUAGCAACUUGUGGCAGUUGUCAAUUUAAGAUGAGUUUUCACGGUAUAAAUGUUUAUAUAGUCUAAAAAACAUUGUGUAAGUCUUGCUUCUUCUUUGUUUUUUUGCUAUCUGGAUCUAUACAUUUGGUUUUGAAUUUAUCUUAGAUUCUUUCGGACUAUUAAAGCUACUUAGCCAAGCAUCGUAUUUAAAGACAUGCGUAAUAAAUCACUUGCGUGUAUGAUGGUGUCCAUUUUUUUUAGCAUUUUGGUCCAUGUACCAUUUCUGUGGUCAAUUUUUGUUCUUGCAAACUAAGUGCUAUCUCAGUCUACAACUUCAAUAUAUGAACCAAGGAAGAUCAAUGAUGUCCUGCUUAUAUUUAUUACAAAAUGUGACGAGCAAUACAUUCUACUGCAAAUUGUGUUAUCCUUGAACUGUUGGAAGUUAUACGACAAACAAGAAAUGGCUGCUAUGAAUGCUGAAUGUGCUUAGAACAUUGUAUUUAGUGACAGCAUUAUUUUAAGAUGAUUGAGUGUGUUAUAAAAAUAGAUGAAAUGUUAGCUUUUCAAGUGACUGCUAAAUAUUUAUACAAGAGUGCAUCAGUUAAUGCCAGAGUAUCAAAUAAAUGUAUAUACGUGUC